CUUCAAAAAUAUUUCAUUUCAACUAACCAACACCAACCCUCAAAAUUUCAGUUUUUUGGCAUAAAUUAUGUAUCCGUACAAAAUUGUCGUUCUAUUAUUGGCUGUUUUUAAGCUCAACUGUAUUUGUUUGGGUGAUGUUGUGACAGCGGAAUCUGUUUGGAAAGAGCACAAUAGAUAUAGAAAAAUGAAUGAUAUGCCAAAAUUAUCCUUGUCUAAAAAGCUGUGUAAAGAUUGCGAAGAUUAUGCAAAGCAUCUAGCUACAUUGAAUGUCCCAGACCAAUAUUUAUUCGAGGACAUCCCAGAUGAUGAUGAGGAUGAUUUUAUGGAUCCUGUUCCAAAAGCCAAGUUCAAGGAUCACACAGAUUAUAUCUUAUCGGAUGAAAAGAAUAUCCAUUAUACAGAAAAUAUAUGCGAGUUUAAAUCUCAAUCUUGUGUUAGCAAUUGGUAUUCUUAUGGCAGUGGUGCUUAUGAAUCAGAAGAGCCAGGAGAAAAGGAAUCAAAAAAAUCACUUGUUGAUAAGUACACUGCACUUAUAUGGAGGUCGUCAAAGGAAAUGGGAGUGGGUAUAGCUCCAAAAAACCCCGCGGCUAAAAACGGAAGGAAAAUAAUGGUCGUUAGGUAUUCUCCACCCGGCAAUGUGCGUGGCAAGUAUAAAGAAAACGUACCAGCGCCUGAGGUUUACGAUGAUACUAAAGUCGAAAGUACGACUACUUCAAAAGCAUGCGGAAAGAAAUCCUAUAUAUUUGCUGUUUUACUUAGUUUCCAAACACUUACACAUUGGUUUCCAUAAGUAUUUAAAAUGCUAAAUAUAUUAUAUAUGUAUAUGGUUA